AUGGAUGUUAGAAGAUUGGUUCAAUUAGUUGACAAUGCAUUCCCCAAGAGUAUAAGUACAAAACAAGGUAUUACACUUGAACGUAAGAUAUACAUUAUAGGUGAUUCAGAAAAUAAUAGUUUAUUAUCCGACCAAAACAAUAAUAGUAAUGAUGAUGAAAUAUAUUGGUAUUUUAAAGACCGGAAAAAUCCUACAGUUGAAAAUAUUAUUAAGACUCAAAUAUUUCAAUUAAUAGAUGAGAAUCUUGGUAAAUUGUAUAAGAAAAAAUCUAAAAAAAUUUAUGAAAAUGAUCUCGAUUGGAGUAUUAAUAAGAGAGAGGAGAUGUUUACAAGUAAUAUGAUAUAUAUAACGUAUUGGGAUUGCAAACAAAAUUCUGUAGCUUUAUUUUUAUCAAUCUUAUCGUGUGAAGAAACGUAUAUACUUGAGAAUAAUGACCAAGGUGAGGUUUUAUAUUUAUACGAAAUUCAUAUUACUAAAGAAUAUCAAAGACAAGGGAUAGGAGAAAGAUUAAUUAAAGAUUAUUUAAUUGAAAAGUUGAUUAAACCUUUGAAAAUUGAAAGACAAGAUAAUAAUUUUAUUGGAUUAGAAUUGACUGUAUUCAGUGAAAAUAAUGAUGCUCAAAAUUUCUAUUUUAACAAGAUUCAAAUGCAAUAUACUUUUGGAUCACCAAGGGAUGAAAUUAUAAAUGUAAUGAAACGAAUUACUCGGAGUUUUGAUGAGAAAUUGGGAGAGCAUUGUGAAGAUAAUAAGUUGCCAAGCUUAAAUGACAAGAAAAAGCAAUUGUAUCGAAAAUCCAUUAGAAAACCAGAAUAUUACAUUCUCGUAUUUCCAGUGUGA